AUGCCCUCUCACAAAACCCGCCAUUUUCUGUCUCUGGCGCUCCUCCUCUUCAAACCAAACCCUAACCCUAACCUUCGUGCUCUCUCUUUGCGAUUCUUCUCCAACUCGUCAUGGCUGUCCAUACGAGGCAACCCCAUCAUCAAGUGGCCCCCGCCGCCCGACGUACCCUGCUCUCUCCCGCACCCAAACCCCGCCCCAAACCCUAACCCUAAUAUCUCCGGCCCCAAUUUUUCACAAAAUGACUUCUCUACCAUUGCUAACCUGCUCGCCGACCCUAGCAUUUCCCCCGGUUCAUCGCUCCAGAGCGCAUUGGACCGGACCGGAAUCGAGCCGGGUCCGUGUCUGUUACAGGCUGUGUUCGACCACUUCGAUUCGUCUCCCAAAUUGCUUCACACGCUGUUUCUUUGGGCACAAAAGCGGCCGGGGUUUCGAUCCUCUGCGACGCUCUUCGGCUGCAUGAUCAAUGUGCUUGCUAAGUCUAGGGAGUUCGAGUCGGCUUGGUCUCUGAUUCUUAAUCGGAUCGGUGGAGAUGAGGAGCCUGGUUUGGUUUCUGUAGAUACGUUUGUGAUCAUGAUCAGACGGUAUUCCCGCGCGGGUAUAUUGCUAUUUGAUUGUAAUAAUGAAGGCCUUGUUAGGGUGGCUUCAGAGUACUUUGAUAUGAAAAGAAAGUUGCAUCCAGAUUGGAUUCCUUCAGUUCGGGUUUAUAAUAUACUGUUGAAUGGAUGGUUUCGAUCAAGGAAGCUGAAACGGGCAGAGCGGCUUUGGGUGGAGAUGAAGAGGGAUAAUGUGAAACCUAGUGUUGUAACAUAUGGUACACUGGUUGAAGGAUAUUGUCGGAUGCGUCGUGCUGAAGUUGCAAUUGAAUUGGUGAGUGAGAUGAGGAGUGAAGGAAUUGAGCCCAAUGCAAUUGUGUAUAAUCCAAUAAUUGAUGCAUUGGGGGAAGCUGGGAAGUUCAAGGAGGCAUUGGGGAUGAUGGAACACUUUUUGGUCCUCGAAUCAGGCCCUACUAUUUCAACGUACAAUUCACUGGUAAAGGGCUUUUGCAAGGCCGGAGAUCUUGUAGGGGCUAGUAAGAUCCUUAAGAUGAUGAUAAGUAGGGGUUGUGUCCCUACUCCAACAACCUAUAACUAUUUCUUUAGGUACUUUUCAAAGUUCGGGAAAAUUGAGGAGGGAAUGAACCUUUAUACCAAAAUGAUUGAAUCUGGGUAUACCCCGGAUCGGCUUACUUUCCAUCUUUUGUUGAAGAUGUUGUGUGACGAGGGGAGAUUGGAUUUGGCAGUUCAAGUAAGCAAGGAAAUGAGAUCUAGGGGAUUGGAUAUGGAUUUAGCUACAAGCACCAUGUUGAUUCAUUUGCUUUGCAAUAUGCAUAAAUUCAAAGAGGCUUUUGCAGAGUUUGAGGACAUGAUACGGAGGGGUUUAGUUCCUCAGUAUCUUACUUUUCAGAGAAUGAAUGAUGAGUUAAGGAAACAAGGAAUGACUGAGAUGGCGCAUAAGCUGUGCAACAUGAUGUCUUCCGUUCCUCAUUCAACAAAUUUGCCAAACACAUAUGUCAGAGAAAGAGAUGCAUCUCAUGCAAGGAGAAAAUCUAUAAUCCAGAAGGCUGAAGCAAUGUCUGAUUUGUUGAAAACUUGUUCAGAUCCAAGAGAACUUGUCAAGUAUAGAAGUUCGCCUGAGAAUGUUGUAUCAAGAGCAAACCAGUUGGUAGAGGAUAUUAAGAGAAAAGCUAACAUCCAAUGA